AUGUCCCUCCCAGGGUCCAUGGGAGUGAUCGAUCCAGAACACGCCAGGUCCCACACCCAGGACCACAUCACUAGGUCUCCCAUGGGAGUCGAUCCAGAACAUGGCCAGUCUCCACACCCUGACCACAUCACUAUGGUCCCAUGGGAGUCAAUCCAGAACAUGGCCAGUCUCCACACCCUGAACCUGGACCAUAACCUGAUAGACCACAUCGCAGAGGGAUCCUUUGGAGGGCUGUACAAGCUGGCUCGCCUGGAUAUGACCUCUAAUAGGCUGAGGACCCUGCCACCUGACCCCGUGUUCGCCAGGUCUCAGACGGGAGCCAUCAGUCCCACUCCCUACAACAGCGUCAUCAGUCUGAACUUCGGAGGGAACCCGCUACACUGUAACUGUGAGUUGUUAUGGUUACGCAGGCUGGUACGAGAGGACGACAUGGAGACCUGCGCCACGCCCCCUCACCUGGCCGGCAGGUAUUUCUGGUCCAUCCUUGAGGAGGAGUUUACCUGUGAACCGCCCCUCAUCACCAGACACACCCACAAGCUCUGGGUCCUGGAAGGUCAAAGGGCAACCCUGAAAUGCAGAGCCAUCGGCGACCCCGAACCAAUCAUCCAUUUCGUCUCCCCCGAUGAUCGGAUUGUGGCGAAUUCCAGCCGGACGACAUCGUUCCGGAAUGGAACAUUGGAUCUCUUCGUUACGGUUGCUAGGGAUGACGGAGUGUACACGUGCAUAGCGAUAAACGCGGCUGGGGAGGCUACCGCAACGGUGGAUCUAAAUAUCAUUCUGUUGCCGAAUCGAAAUGGGAAUGAGAACGUUCCAGGGAAUGUGACGGUUACUGGGAAUGCUGGGAAUUCUAAUGGAAAAAUGCAGGGUUCUUCGGACAUCGCCACUGGAAAAAGUGGGAAUUCCGAAGUUAACAAUGGAGGGAACACAAGAGAAACGGAAGAGAGGAGAGGAGAGGAGGGAGAGGGGGAUAAGGAGGGUGGUGUGGCGGAGAGAGAGAAGGACGAUGGAGGGAUUAGGAUAGAGGAAGAGGAGGAGGAAGAAGAGGAGAGGAUGGUUGGGAUACAAGGAGUCACUUCUACUUCAGCACAGGUGCGAUGGGACCUGGGCCAAUCGGCUGGAGCUUACCUGGUGUGGAUGUUUCAGAUACAGUACAACUGUACAACCGAUGAGACACUGGUGUACAGGAUCCUCCCUUCUACCAGUAACAGUUUCAUGUUGAAGAACCUGGUAUCUGGAGCGGACUACAACUUGUGUGUCCUGGCCAUCUUUGAUGACAAAGUCACCUCCUUGGCAGCUACCAAGGUUCUUGGCUGCGCCCAGUUUAGCACUAAAGAACUCUACCCAGAAUGCCGAUCUCUACAGACCCACUUCCUGGGAGGAACCCUGACAAUACUUGUGGGAGGCGUUGUCGUGGUAACGCUGCUGGUGUUCACCGUGGCGCUGAUGGUGCGUCACCGUGUCUGCAGUAACCAGGACGACCACUGUCACCACGGGGAUGAUAGUGAUGAGUUGGCGUGUUGCCAGGGCGGGUCAUUAGGGAGUCCGGUGAAAGAGGCGGCGGCCGGAGGUGGCGGAGGAGUCUACGGCCAAUCGGAUGGCAACGGAGAUGUGAUGAUGGUGGUCUUGCCCAAUGGGCUGCCUUCAAAGCAGAGAGGGGGCAGGACGAAGGAGAGAGGAAAAGAGAAAAAGAAGGAGAAAGAUAAGGGAAACGAGGGCGAGAAAGGAGGGGCCGACGUACCCCCUAAGGUACCCCCCAAACCAAAACCCCAAACUCUCCCCAGGCCUACUCCUCCCCCUCAACCCUCCCCCGCCAAUCACGAGGUGGGAGGGCUAGGCUCUGCCCAGAUGUAG